GUGGUGAAAAUUCCAGCAGAUGAUGUGAUGUACACGGAGGUUGGUGGAGUGAAAGUCAAUAACUUUGGGCUGUCUUCCUCUCUCCAAGAGCACAAAUUGCUGAGUACUGGCCCGACUGAACCAUGGUCAAUCCGCGAGAAGCUUUGUUUAGCGUCUUCAGUGAUGCGGAGUGGAGACCAAAACUGGGUAUCGGUUAGCAGAGCAAUCAAACCCUUUGCAGAACCUGGACGUGCACCAGAUUGGUUUUCACAAAAGCAUUGUGCAUCCCAAUAUUCAGAGCUGUUGGAGACAACAGAGACUCCCAAACGGAAGCGUGGUGAGAAAGGAGAAGUUGUGGAAACUGUGGAGGACGUAAUUGUUCGUAAGCUCACAGCUGAACGAAUUGAUGAGUUGAAGAAACUUAUUAAGGAGACUCAGGAGAAAUACAGAAAGGUGAAGAGAGAAGCAGAGCUGAUCCAAUCUGGUCAUGGAGAUAGUAAACUUCAGGAAACAUGGAGUGAUAUUGUUGCAAGGAAGAAACAGGAAGAAGAGGAGGCUGAGAUGAAAAGGCGCGCAACAGAAAGUGCUUUUCAGGCCCGCCAAGCAGCAAAAAAUGCACCCAAAAGACUGAUGAGCCUGCCGAUCCGGUCCCCACUAGAAUCAAAUUCUCCAGGAAUAGACUACUCGACUACAGAUACACCACAGGCGAGUGAGGAGAGUCACAAUAGUCUGGUGUCGAUGAACAUUGGAAGCACAUCAACUAUUCCAGUGAUCUCAGCCCCUGAGACACCCGUCACCUCCACGAAUCUUGAAACUCCAGUGCUGGAGGAUUCUCCUCAGAAAAAGUUAUUGGGACAGAAAGCCACACCUCCACCCUCUCCACUGCUGUCUGAACUCCUGAAAAAAGGGAGUCUCCUGCCUACAAGUCCAAGGCUUGUCAGUGAAGCUGAGCUCCAGGUGAAUUCUAGUCAUGUUGCUAGUCCGAAUGUGCAUGUUGAAAUGGGAGCAGGUGUAUCAACGCUGCAUGUUCCCGAGCUACAAUCCAAUGUACCAGUGUCCCCAGCGCCUACAGUUGAAGAAACCACCAUUUGUGUUCAGGUAGAGAGCUGUGAGGAGCAGCCGUCACUAUCAGUUUCUGGAGAUCUGGCUGGCUUCUCUGUGUUAAUUGACUCUGGCGAAAGCAAGUGUCUGCCAGGUGGCAGUUUGCAGAUUGCAAGACCAAGAGAGGGCAUUGCAGAUCAGCAUCGAUCAAAGCAGCUUGAAGACACCGAAGAUACUAGGGUCUCUGAUUAUACAGAUGUACUGAACUUGGGAAAUCAGGCAGAUAUCCUAGCAAUCAUUGAAGAGAAGGUGGAGGAAGCAGCAGAACUGAUAAAUCUUCCCCCUGAUGAUAUUGGAGAGCAGCUAGCUGCCACUGAAGGAAAUGCUGUCUCCCUGUUUCGAGCAGAACAGACAAUAAAGGAGGAAGCUGAAGAGGUCCAGCAGCAGACUCAUAAAUCUGAGCACCGAUCCAGUGAUGAAUCUCAAAUGUUGGCUGGUUUGGGAACUGAGGAAAAACUGACUUUCAAAGCAAUUAAGCAAGAGUUGCCAGAAAAAGUGAAGGUAGAGCAAGAACAGGAAGAAGAGUCAAAUUCAGGUCAUGCACAACAUAUACUGAGUGUUGGAAAAACAACAAGUUCCCCAGAUGGUGGACUGCAUACAGAGACACUUGGAUUGGAGCAUUGUUUACCUCGGAGCAUCAUGCGAAGUAAAAGCACAUCUGAGGAGCCGUCACAUCCAUCGCCCUGGAGCACUGCACGCAGCAAAAGUACUUCAGAGGAAAUUGGACAACUUUCUCCCAGGAUCACUAUUCAGAACAAAAGUGGCUCUGAUGAUGUGGGGCAGUCUGAAAUUAUAGAAUCCACAAAGGAAGAGAGUGGAGUAGUUGUAAAGGGUCAAAUCAAGCUGCAAGAGAUGCUUGUUCCAAAAGAGGAGGAUGGAGCCAGUGAAGCUGCUAGUAUGGAUGAGGCCAGGGAAGAGGAACCGAAUGAGAUCUAUAUGUCAGAAACCGAUAAUGAGCCACCUGUCAGUGAAAGUGAUGAUGGCUUCAGUAUUCAUAAUGCACAUUUGCAGUCUUCAGUCCUUGCUGAUUCAAUACCCAGCAGCCCUGCUUCCUCACAAUUUUCCGUUUGUAGUGAAGAUCAGGAAGCUAUUCAAGCUCAGAAAAUCUGGAAAAAAGCUAUUAUGCUGGUGUGGAGAGCAGCUGCCAAUCACAGAUAUGCUAAUGUAUUCCUUCAGCCAGUGACAGAUGAUAUUGCCCCAGGAUAUCAUAGCAUUGUACACAGACCGAUGGAUUUAUCUACAAUAAAGAAAAAUAUUGAGACUGGUUUAAUCCGCACAACAGCAGAGUUUCAGCGAGACAUAAUGCUUAUGUUCCAGAAUGCAGUAAUGUAUAAUAGCUCUGACCAUGAUGUGUAUCACAUGGCAUUAGAAAUGCAAAGAGAUGUCUUGGAGCAAAUUCAGCAAUUCCUAGCCACACAGUUAAUAAUGCAAACGUCCGAGUCCGGAAUCAGUGCUAAGAGCUUGCGUGGGCGUGACUCAACUCGAAAGCAGGAUUCUGCAGAGAAGGACAGUGUCCCCAUGGGUUCUCCCGCCUUCCUUCUAUCUCUCUUUGAUGGUGGUACAAGAGGACGUCGCUGUGCUAUUGAAGCAGAUAUGAAAAUGAAGAAAUGACCGUCUCCUGUAAGACUUGAACAUGUGAAAUGUUUGGCACUGUGUGUAAAGAUCAAUGAAGCUGUAUUGUCUUCAUCAGCAUUGAUAAUUAUAUUGUACAGCCUUGUUUCUAGUGUACAGCCUUUGUUCUGAGAACAAUGUAUGAGCUUAAUAAAAUUAUUUUAACAAUCUAA